UUUAGUCCCACCCAGUCUGCCGUUACCACCGCAGCCACGCCCAGCCAAUGGGCCACACCCACCCGGCACUCCACGGGUUUUGGGUUGAAGUUUGGGCACUCGGUCUCUAAAAGGUUCGCUAUCAUUGUUUUAGACCCUGUAAUCUCCCAUAAGAGAUUAAGAUGAAGAAUGUUGAAGACAAUAGCCCUGAUGCCAAGCCAUAUAAGAUAUUAACAGAUUAAAACUAACACUUUAAAUUACAUGAAAAUUUACUGGUAUUCAAGGCAGGGUCCAUGGGUAGAUGUUCAUGGCAUCAGUGCUGGUUAGCAUGCAGGCCAUUCAGUGGUGGGCUUCAGCCAGUUCUAAUUUUUUGUUGCCCAGGCCUAGAAUGGUCUUCUGGAAGUGGCAUCCACACAGAGAACCGGUUGUUCACAUAUUUGAAUCCCAUCACUGAGGCCAUUGUAUGUUGUGCUACUGCAGUUUCAGAGUAGCUUUUUAAACUGAACACGUAGAGUGAAUUGCAACUGGCUAAUGUGUUGAUGACAGUAUGAGUUACUAUCCCUCCAGCUUCAGACAGUCACAAUUUGGUAAUGGCUCUCCUGGCUGUCAUUAAAAUCAAAGAACCAUAGGGCUAGAAGAGACCCUGGGCAUCUUCUAUCUAGUCCAACCUCCUGCCCAAGGCAGGAGAACUACCCUUUUCCUGCCUAAUAGUACCUGCCUGGUAGUAGCCACCUAAGUCAUAGAUUCCCCUUUCAGAGGCAAUACUAUUGUGGGAGAGAACCCAGAACUCAAGGAGAACCUUAGUGUUUUGCUUGAAUUCAAUUGUGGCCCAUUUCUCCCCAUCUAAAUCCCAAAAGCUUCCUGACAUGGUUACUGGAUGAUGGAAACAAAAGCUGUCAGUGAUAUUUGAUUCAUCGGUGAAUAUUUGUUAAUUCAAUUAGGUAUUAAUCUUGGGCAAUUCCAGGACAGCAGCUUACCAGUAAUAAUGUGCAAUGAAGUACCAUGUGAACAAAAUUAUAUUAAUUCAGAUAUGUCAGUGCACAUACUACUUUGUAUGCAGCAACUUUAUGCCUGCUUGUCCAGUUUUUGCCAUCUACUUGGCCCAGGUGUUGCUGUCUUAGUUUUCUCAGGCAACUAUCGGUUUUUUGUAAAGGAAAUUUCAUAGGCAUUCUUUGUUUUUGGAUUCAGAUGCUGUGUUCUCAAAACCUAGGUAGAGGGAUUUUUUAAAAAAAUUGGGAGUAAGUGAUCCAUAUUGUAAUCAAAUCAUCCCUCUCUUAGUGAUUAUGAGAGUUUUGCACUAGAGCUCCCAUCAUCCCUGACUAUUUUGCCUGUGGUGAUUGACAAUUGAUAGGCAGAAAUAAAUGUCCAGGGGAGCUUGUAAAUAACAGGUCUCCAAAGGAGCUUGUGUACAGCAGUGGCUAUUAAAAUUUUUAGCUCAUUUAAUAAAAUAUAAUCAGAAUGAGUAUUUAUAGGAGAUUAGUUGCACUUAACAGACACAUUCAUUGCUUAUCUGGUUACUGUAAUUUAACAAGUUUGGCAGAUGGUAAAUGUCUGAAUUAGCUUUUAGACGAUAAGCUCAUUUUGUAUGUAAAUUUCUUUAGCUCUUUAGUAUUUUUAUGAUUCUAAUGGAAAGUGCAGAGAUUCAAAAUUGGAUGGGUAUUUGAAAGCCUUAAAAAGCAAGAUGUAUAUUAAAAGAUCUUUAAAAGUAUUUUUCUUGAUCAAUCAAUACCAUCUGUACUGUUUUAAGGCAUAAUUCAAAGAUGCUGUAUUAACAUAGCAUCUUGCUUCCUAUUUGCUGUUCCCUUUAAGUGGUGAUAUUAAUUCAUAAGAAAUAAAAAUUCAGUUUGAUUUGUGCCAUCCUUAUGGUUUUAUCAGAUGUUAUUUUGAAGGAAAGAUAAAUCUGUAUUUUUUCCUCAGUUGAUCACAUGCUGGCUAAACAAAUUAUAAAUAACACUUUCAGAAGGUUAGAAUUUAAUUUUGUUAUGAAGGGCAGUUUUAGCCAACAAAACAUUGGACUAACAAUUAUAUACUAAAACAGCUAUUUUAUUCUAUGUCUUUUUAUUUAUAAAGUUUUAAGUUUUUAGUUAUUUUCAAAUAUGGCAAUUUAAAACAGGUUUUUUUUCUAGAAUUUCCCGCUUUUAAACAUACAGGCUCAAAAAAAAAAUUCUUUAUUGUAUGUACAUCUUUUUGAUAUAACAAUAUCCCUAUGGCGUUGCCUGGAACUACCACAGGGUGUCAUUAUAUGCCUAUAGGUGCUACUCUCAAUGCUGAUGAAAAUGAAGAUUUUAGAUACAGGUUUGAUCAAAUAUAUUAUGUAGCUUUGUAUUUUAGGACUUGCUUAGGAAUUUGAUCCAGAUUCCAUAGAUUCUUUAUUAAGGUCAACUAAUAUACAGAUCUAUGACGAUAGUUUUACAUUCUCAAACAGCUAUGAUUAUGAUACCAAAAUCUUCACUUGGAAUUUGCUCAUACUUGCAGAUUUGUAGAAAGCAUGUACAUAAAUCCAUUUUGUGCAAUCAGUAUUGCUUCAAAUCUCACAAAUGGAAUAGCAUUAUUACUAUCAAAUUCACUGUUUCUAUGAAUCUAGUCCGACACUGGGUUGAGGCUCACAAUUCGAGCAUUGCUAAGAAAACUCCCAUCCCAUUUCCCAUUACUCUGAAGGUUAACUUUGAACAUCUACUUCACAUCUGAUAAUAAUCUGUAAUGUGUCUGCCAUGUUAAAAAGCCACCAAACUGAUUCCACUGGCUUUUCUAUUGGAUUCUAUAAAUGUGGCUGUCUUGUGGACAAGUUUUCUUGAGCUGGUUGCUAUGAGCUAGUUGCUAGGAUACCUAUUGUUACUUCAGUUCUACACAUUCCUCCAAGUUCUUAACUUAAGGGAAUAAUUUUGUCCUCUGGGACACUACAAGGAUUCUGCUCAUUGCAGUAAACCAAUCAAUACUUUGGCAGAGAAGAUGGGACGUCUCCCCUUAGGUUCAGUUUCUCCCUAUGUAAAAACAAGCUCUGGUGGAAGUAUGGACCCCAUGAAAUUCUAUUGCACCAGCUAUGGGGCAGCUUAUGGUCAGGAAGGCUUUCGUCCUCGGAAUGGCUUCCAUUCUGGAGCAGGAUAUAAAAGCAACUACCGGCCUGUUGUCCAAUACAACCCAAACCUAGAUAAAUUAGAUAAUCCAGCUGUGGGGAAACUCCUCCAGGAUAACUACGAAUCAACAACCAAUAAACAUUUUCAGCCCCUUCAGCUCCCAGAUGGGAAGUAUCCUCUUCCCUGGAGUGUACAUCAGCCAGGCAGUGGGUAUGUUCGAGAAAAACCUCUAACUUUUCCCACAACCAAAACAGUCAAAAAGGUCCAUUUUGACACAGCCAACCAGGGACCUGAAGCUGUGAUAGGGCUGGAGCCCAGAUAUGUCCCUGUGCUCCACAAUUCAUUUGGAAAAGGCUCCGUUGAAGUGGAAAAUGCAAGACACGGACCUCAGUUCAUGUCCACGGAAUAUGGCUCUAAGUACCAUUUCAACAUUCCCGGGCAACCAGAUUUCCUGCAAAAGAAAACAAUUGGAGCCAAAGAAGAGUCAGGAUUUACUGAAGGCUGCCUGGCUAACCCCAUUGUGGAGAAACUAACAUCUCAGGACAGCAAUCCUGGAAUCAGCAUCAUGAAAGCAGAUUAUCUACCAUCUUCUGUUCCUCAUGGGGAUGAGUUUCUACCGGUCCUUUCCAAAGGUUCUGAGCGGGGCUCUGGAUUUAAUCGGCAGAAGGAUCUUCGCCUUAGUUCUUCAGGACCUCCACCCAAUGCAGAAGCAUCUGGGCCACUCAGCCAUUCUCAGUUCCAAGGCCAUCAGCGACAGCCUCAAACACAAACCAAUCUUCUAGGACGAGAAUAUAUGGGCAACAAAGAGCCAACAGGAUUCAGCACCAACAACCUUAAUUAUGUGACACCUGCCUAUGAUCCAAAUCUGCCCAACAGGUUUUUGACCAGCUAUAAUUCCAAGUUUUAUGAAACCAUUUCAAAGGGAGUGGACAGGGAAGGCUGGACCAGAGGGGGGAUCCAGCCUCAACAAGCAGGUGGCUUUGCCACCAACAACCACGGAACUGAUUUAGGAAGCGAUCCUAAUGCCACAGAAACCUUGAGAACUGUUCAUCCCCAUGUUGGCAGGACAAUUACAACAGUUGACCCAUUCUAUCGAGAUUCUCCCCACGAUCGUCGCUUUGCUGCUCUUCAUCAGACAACUGUCCCCAAUUAACCUCUGUUCAGAAGUGAAAAGCACAGUGAUGUCUUUAGACUUCAAGGAACCACUCCACGUGCUAAGGAAGGAGCGUCACUAAUUGCACUGUCAUACUAAAUCUAUCUUAUUUUAUGCAUUGUUUUAAAGAAAUUAAGACAUAUUCUAGCUAUGUCUCCUGUCCUAGAUCAGCACAUUGAAACAGGGGUUUAAAAAUCUUUGGGAUAGUUAUGUUUUUUAUAGAGUUUCUAUAGCUCUGUAGCUGUACAAACUUUGUGACAUAAUGUGAGCAUCUGACUAGCUGAAAGCUCUUUAUGUCUCUCUAACCACAGAGUAAAGAUACCAACAAGUAAGGGCCUGUCCUCAUGA